AGAUGGCGGCACCUACGGCAAUUCGGACGGUCGGGGCAAAACUGGGCUUGCGUGAGAUUCGCAUUCACUUAUGCCAGCGUUCGCCCGGAAGUCAGGGCGUCAGGGACUUCAUCGAAAAACGCUACGUGGAGCUAAAGAAGGCGAACCCCGACCUGCCCAUCCUAAUCCGCGAGUGCUCGGAUGUACAGCCUAAGCUCUGGGCCCGCUACGCAUUUGGUCAAGAGAAGAAUGUCUCCUUGAACAACUUUGGUGCUGAUCAGGUAGUCAGAGCUGUGGAAAACGUACUAAGUGGCAAAGCUUGAAGCCUCCACUGAGGGUUGAGAGCAACAGCCCCUGAGCCAGGGCUCUGCUGGACUGAGUACAAUGUGGAAAAAUGUUUUC